GUUACCAAAUGUGUUUCCUACCCUAACUAGGAAACCCACAUGUAUAUAUACACUUGUAAUCUCCCUAUUAUUAUUAUUGGAAAAUAUUCAUUCUUCAUGGUAUCGAAGCAAUAAAAAACCUCGGCUCCCUCUCAAACCCUAGUUCUCUCUCUCGGCCUUCUCUCUCGGCAGCCUCCCUCUCUCUGCCGUAACUCCUCCCUUCCCUCUCGGCAGUCUCUUCUCGCCGGCAACCAUGGCCGAAAAAUCCUCCGUCACCUCCGACAAUAACAACACCACCAAAUCUCCCCAUCUUGCCUUCACUACAAUCUCCAAUAUCAAACUUCACAUCCCCGUUCAACUCAGAAUCUCAGAACCGAACUACAAAAAAUGGAGUCGGCUUUUUCGUCUUCUUGUUCUCUGUUUCAAUCUUAUGGGAUUUCUUGAUGGCACCAACGUCGCCUCCUCCGCUGACGACGUAGAAUGUCUGUCCAUCAAUGAAUAUUUUCAUCUCCUCAAAAACCUGGCGGACUAUCUCGAUGACGUGGAUGCCCCGGUGACUGAACACGCCCUUGUUCUCCAGGUCCUUCAAGGCUUGCCCCAAGACAUCCGGUCCCAAGUGCAUUUUUUGCAAUAUCAAAACCCGUUCCCGUCAUUCCUGGAGUUUCGAUCGGCACUUCUCCUGGUGGAACAACAACAGGCCGACACCUUUUCUAGCGCCGGCUCGUCAACCGCACUAGCGGCGGCAGCAGCCAGCCGGCCGGCAGUGGGCAGCCGCGGCAUGCAGGCGGCGGCAGUAGCAUACAGGGCCCUGGACAGGGCUCCUAUGGUGGUCAAAACCGGGGCGGCAACGGAGGCUAUCGCGGACGUGGACGUGGACGCGGCUCCAACCAACGACAACCCAUCGGCCCAAACCCUUGGCAGUUCCCUACCCCCUCACCCGGCCUACUGGGCCCUCGGCCCACUACCCCUUACCCAGCCCAGGCCCACAUCCAUCACUACCCAUACCCUCUAACCCAACCCCACUACCCACCCGUCCCUACCUCCCUUGCCCAAUACCCGCCCAUUUACCCGUCACCCCCCUCGCCUUAUACCAGCAACCCACAACCCCUUACCCUUCCCCAUCCCCAUACCCGAACCCCAACACACCCACUGCCCUAGCACAUGGCUUUGAAUCCCUUACCCUCAACCCUCCCCCCACCUGGCUAAUGGACACAGGCGCCUCUCACCACAUCUGUAACACCCUAAUCCGUUCAGGUCUGCAGCCCCUUUCGAACUAAAGUAUUAACUUGGUA